CUGAGAGGGGUCACGGUCACUGAGGCGGCCACUUUGGACCGAGGCGCACUUAUAACAUCGCAGCCCUGCCUGUUAGCUUUCCUUGGCGCUUUUGGCGCGCGGGAGGGGGGCACUGCUGACAACCACAGCCUCUGACCCUCUGGAGCUGGUAUGUGAUAAGCAACGCCUGCGGGGCCAUGUAUUGGAAGAGCGAUCAGAUGUUUGUCUGUAAACUGGAGGGAAAGGACGUGCCGGAGCUGGCGGUUCCCCGCGAGAAGUGCCCGGGGCUCAUGUCGGAGGAGUGCGGGCGGCCUGCAGCCCUGGCGGCCGGGAGGACGCGCAAAGGCGCCGGGGAAGAAGGACUGGUGAACCCCGAAGGAGCUGGGGACGAGGACUCCUGCUCCUCCUCGGCCCCGCUUUCCCCGUCGUCCUCGCCCCAGUCCAUGGCCUCGGGCUCCGUCUGCCCUCCAGGCAAGUGUGUGUGCAGCAGUUGCGGCCUGGAGAUUGUGGACAAAUACCUCCUCAAGGUAAAUGACCUGUGUUGGCAUGUCCGCUGUCUCUCCUGCAGCGUCUGCAGAACCUCCCUGGGAAGGCACACGAGCUGUUAUAUUAAAGACAAAGACAUUUUCUGUAAACUCGAUUACUUCAGACGCUAUGGGACACGCUGCUCCCGCUGUGGGAGGCACAUCCACUCUACUGACUGGGUCCGCAGGGCCAAGGGCAACGUGUAUCACUUGGCCUGCUUUGCCUGCUUUUCUUGCAAGAGGCAACUGUCCACUGGAGAGGAGUUCGCCUUGGUGGAAGAGAAAGUUCUCUGCAGGAUGCAUUUCGACUGCAUGCUGGAUAAUUUAAAACGAGAAGUGGAGAACGGUAACGGGAUUAGUGUGGAAGGAGCCCUGCUCACAGAACAAGAUGUCAAUCAUCCAAAGCCAGCCAAAAGAGCCCGGACCAGCUUCACAGCCGAUCAACUCCAGGUCAUGCAAGCACAGUUUGCUCAGGACAACAACCCAGAUGCACAGACCCUCCAGAAGCUGGCAGAAAGGACGGGCUUGAGCAGGCGCGUCAUACAGGUAUGGUUCCAGAACUGCAGAGCCCGCCACAAGAAACACGUCAGUCCAAAUCACUCCUCCUCCGCCCCAGUCACAGCGGUGCCCCCUUCCAGGCUGUCUCCACCCAUGCUGGAAGAAAUGGCGUAUUCUGCCUACGUGCCCCAGGAUGGGACGAUGCUGACUGCGCUGCAUACUUACAUGGAUGCUCACCAGCAACUCCUGGACUCCAGCCCUUGUUACCCCAUACAAUGA